AUGAAGCGGAUUAUUCUCCCUCACUACGAAUUGACUGAGGAAGACGAAAAACUUAAGGAAAAGUACGCCGAUAGUUGGUUUGUUACCGACGAAGACCGAAUCGGGCACGCCUUGGCGCAGGAGGUCGCAGAUUUGAUCUUUGCGGAUAAUGAGGAAACUUCUGCAAGUACACGUAGUUCCUCUUCUACCGCGGUGGAGCAAGGUAGUGGAAGGAGCAGGAGUGCUGCUGCAAUUAGAGCAGCAACGUGUAGUGGCACACGUUGCACCACGAUUGCGCAAGAAGACGAAGAAACUGCUAUCGGGAACAACGUCGAUGAUGACGAGCACGAAUCUACUAGCGAGCACACCAACCCGAAGAAAAAGCGCGCGCAAUCUUUUCUGAGCAUACUUCUGGCCAGUGAGCGGGACACGAUUGGCAAUGUUCCGUUUAAGUGCGCGGAGUGGAUUUGCUGCGGUGCGUCCAUGGCCAUGAUGCUGGAUCAGCUGUAUUUAUUCGCGACGCUGCUCACCGGCAUGCGGAUUUUUAUUACCUCUGCGUCGGACGAGGCAGACGCGAGAAUGAAGGACGAAGAGGAAGGCGCGCGGUUCGAUCCAUUGGACCACUACGAGGAGGAUGGUAGAAGAAGUACUGCAAGCGGCGUCGGAUCAUGCUACGGUGGUGCUGGUACAACUACUAUUACAAUGAAAAAUGCCCCCUCCCCAUAUCAAAACGGAAAUCUGUGAUGCAGAUUUGUGGCCACAAAUCAGCUUUGUGAUGCUAGAAGGCAAAAGAUGCAGACUGUAGUGCUGUCUAGCCUGGGAAAGCCUUGCAGCUCCAGGAUGACAGGAGGCAACUGGAAGUGGGAAACAGCAUGACAGAUUGCCUGCAAUUGAGGCCACAGCUUCGUCUCUUGGCCUUCUAGCAAUACAAGUCGAUUUGUGUACUCAAAUACAGCAUCACAAGUUCGCGCAUCUUCCGUUUCCGAUAUGGGGAGGGGGGAUUUUUCACUUUGAUAACUACUGCUAAAGUUCGGAGUGGACGAGGUCCAUUAGCGGCGAAGACCGCAUCUGGUCGGGGUCUAUCAAAUGCAAAAGUGUCUGGGUCUGGAAACUUGUGAUGCUAAAAUGUGGAUGAUGGAAACAGUGUGCAAUGCAAUUUAGCAUGACAACUUUCCAGAACGCUUUCUCAUAGGCAAUCCGCAUGAGAAACUGCGUGUUUGCAUGUACAAAAGAGGCUGCGACUUAUUUUGUUGGUUAUGCAAAACAGAUUUCCUAGCUAUGGAAAGCUAGCAUUACAAGUUACCACCUUCCAAAGCCAGACAUUUUUGCGCUUGAUAGGGUCCGAAAACAAGCAACAGGCCGCACAAAGACAACAGCAAGCAGCCUAAAAAUUCUGCCGCCGGUUGUACGACUAAUUCUAGUCGCCACGACAAGCAGCAGCAGCAGCGCGGAAAUAAUGUCAGCAGACCGAAGAAAUCCUUUGUGGAUCAAAAGGGUGCGGAGGAAUUUCUUCGUUUGGUAAUGACGCCAAAAUUGGAGCCGCGCCUCGACUUGGAGGGCUACACGGCCAACCAGAUUCGGUCCGUGAUGGAGGCCCGGAACAAGUUUGUGACAAUUCCAGCGGAUAUCCAUUGCCAAUAUGUCUGGGUCUGGAACAAACUUGUGAUGCAAGUCCGUGAACAAUCAGUGCUCUCCUGUAAUGCGCCGCUAAGCAUGACAAGUUUUUUCGUUCUUUUGUGCUGCGUAUUUCGCAGGAGAAUUUGCGCUUUUGCAUGACAGGCUGGAGGACCUCUUGGUGGCCACGCAAUACAGAGCGCAGAGUCAUGCCAGACUAGCAUGACAAAUCUCGCAAUCGUCCAGACAUCCAGGGAUAUUUGCAUUUGAUAGCGGACAAGGUGGAAUUCCCCGUGAAGGUGAGUAAAAGCGAGCUGAAAAUGAUGCAGCAGUGCCUACCACAGAGAGAAGACUUGAAGAAAGUGGAGAGUGGGGGCCUGGUUCACAGUGGAGCAGGGGGUGAUCACGCGUUCACGGCAAUCGCUGAAGUAGUGAACAGAGGCGGCACGGUGCUGGAAAUGAGCGGCGGUAGGAAGGAGGACAAUAAUGUUUCUGGUACAAGAACUACUGGGAGUAUCAAAUCCUCUUCUGCCGUUGCUAGACCAGUAAACAUCGCUGGUUCAUCUUCUUCCAUAAAAGACGCAAUGGAAAUUGAUUCAACAUUUGUCGGGGACAACGAGCAAAUGGAUGUCGACGCCGCACCAGCUUCUACCGAUUCUCAUCUCAGUACGGGCAAGCAGAAGGAGGAGAAGAACACGACCGCAGUCGAGGACCAAGACAGACCUACUGCAGAGAAACAGCAAUCCAUUGCCGCAGAAGAGGACGAUGCUGAGGACGAGGAGAUCGAAGCGAAUGUGUGUGCGUGGACCAGUAGUUUCCGCGUGCUCUAUGACCUGCUCAAGUGUCACAAUCCCAAAUCGGUUACCAUUUAGAGUCUGCAUUUUCCUUGUCUUGCAUGAAGAGCAUGACAGACUCGCACAGCGUUCGACUUUCUGCAAUACAAAUUUUGCCAGAUCUACUUAGUGCGGAUUGGGACCACUCCAGAAGUUGUCUUGCGCAAUCCUGUGCGACGAGUAGGUUAGCUCUUGCACUUCGUGCAUCACAGAUUUCCAUAAUAUUCUAUGGUAAAGAUAACCGAUUUGAAAUUGUAACACCUGAGCGGGUUAUAUGCUCCGCUCGGAUUUCCUGGAACACGCGGUGGAUCAGUGCGCUCCUAUCAAAGAGAAACAUCCCCCCUCGCUAUAUCAAAACGAAAUUUCUGAUGCUGGAUUUGCGUACACAAAUCGCCCUGGUCUUGCAGUAGAGGACUACAGGCCCAUAUCAAGCCGUAGUAGAGAGGUUUUCGCCUAGGAGCUCAGCAUGACAAAAAUCCAUGCUGUAGGCCCAACAGCAUCACAAACCGCCUGCAUAAUGCGGGGGGCCUUCUGGGUUUGCCUUCUUGCAAGACAGACGCGAUUUGUGACCACAAAGCAGCGUCACAAAUGCCCAACAGUAUAGCUUAACCUUUUCAGUAUGGGGAGGGGGGAUUUUCCCGUACGAUAGCCCCGCCCUGCGUGUCGCUCGUCGAGCACCGCGAUCUGUACAUUCGAUACAAACUCUUCCAAGUGCUCUUCAUCCUGCACAGCAUGUGGUCAGAGAUCGCGGUCCAGCUGAUCAGCAAGUCGUUCACGCUAUGCUAGAGAAAAAAGCUAGAAGCAGGAGGCAUGAUUUUUUGAAUAGCCAAAACUAUAUAUAAUUUAGUGCUGCAUUACAAAUGUGCGCUCGUUGCUCGCUUUUUUCUGUGCGAUACAGGCUGGCGUUUCUGGCAUGGAAAGGUGCCGUGGACGACGUUACGAGACAGGAAUUCGAAAGAAUCGACAAUGUCAUGCUUACCGGUCUCCACACCAUUGCGAAACUCAUGUUCCUGGUCGUCAUGUUUGGGGUAGACGGGGAAAAGGAAAUUUUGCCGAAAAAUUUUCACGAUCCGGAUACCGGCCGGGUCUUCUGGAUAUGGGAAGUAGAAAAAAGUCUUGCAGUCAAGUACACAUUGUGUUGCGCCGGAACAAGCCCCACACAGAGAAAAUUUGUCGUUUUGCUGAAGUUCUUACAACAAAUGUGUAAAGACCGUAACACUUUUUUCUUGUGAUGCUGGAUGGUUCCAGACGAGUGCGUCGAUGGGGGGCAGAGUAAGGGAUUUCUGCAACAAGCCGGGGCCGUGCGAGAAGAAGACGGGUCCACGACUAGUACCGCUUUCUCUGGCAAAAAUGGCGCGACAGGUGGAGCAACGUCAUCUUCUUUAUCAUCAUCAAAUGUACAAAAUCCCACUAGAACAAAAACCCCGAAGGAAAGACUAGUUGACCAGGCUGUGCAGACCUGGAGCAGUUGUCUUGACGCGGACAGCGAAAAGAGGAAAGCGAUCAGGGCGUUACUGCACCGGAGGAACAUCAACACGACGGCGGGAGCCGAACAAAAAAGCGGUAGUUCUACUUCGUCAACUACAGCUGCUUCGAAGGGUAGUUCAAAAAAACAAGCAACGAAGGUUUCAGGAGGGGGUGUAGCAGCGGCAGCGGCAGCAGCAAAAUCCGCAGCGCAUCAAGCGGGCAACGGCACCAUCCCCAGUGCUGUUGGAGACCUUCUCGAGGAAGUAUUACCGACGUCUUUAGCCGGCCGGCUGGCAAAACCCUAUCUGGAGCUGGUGCGGCACGCCGCGCGCUAUCCACUCGCCGUCAUUGCCCUUUUCGAAAUGACUGUGCAGUGCUUCGAACCUCCGGAGUUCAGGGUAGAGAGUAAUUUUCGAAUGGAGGAUCUACUGAUAUCAACAUAUAUCAAUAUCUCGAUCUCCUCGUCAACAUUUUGGCCAUGUCGUAUCAAUCUGUUUGUUAGGAAAUGAACUGUACGGAACGCUCAGGCAAUCAUAUCGUAUCCCCAAGAAACUAUAACCUACAAACCAUCUUCACGUGUUCUAUCAGGAUUCCUCCAUGUUCUGGAUGUAUGUGCUUGGGCAGAUUUCCAGCGGCAGCGUUACCGUUGCGUUGGUGAUGACACAGUUGAGGCAGUUCAUCCGCGUGAACCCCGUUCCGGAAGCGAGAAAACGGUUUGAGCAGAUGCGAAGGGAAGCACGAAACGCGAAGAGAGGUAUUGUGGCCAAUAUUGGGUCGUGCAGGUGUCCGGUGUGCGCAGACGAGCCAAGCCCCAUGGUGUCGGCGAUUGCGAAGUGCAAGUCGAAGAAUCAGGAUCAACAACAGCAAGGUCUCGGAAAGAAAGGAAAAAUAAAUACCGGGAUGAUGACAAACAAUGCGGGAGGGCAUCAUCAGCAUGCAGGAUGGGGACCAACUACACCUACUUCUUCCUCCUCUUCUUCGAGAAAAGCGCCUGCACCUGCCACCGCCGCGGGCGGCAGUCGGCACGCGGGAAAUAAACGAGGAGCGGGGUCUGCCGCGUCAGCGAGUAGCACUCCAACCGGAGCUAUGGAUUGCAUAUUUAUAUGUCUGGGUCUGGAAGAAUGGAACUUGUAAUACUGUCUGCGGAUUCUAAAAAUAUCUGUGUUGCAUGAACAGCAAGAGGAGUCAGUUCUUGGCACGCGGAGAGGUCAUUCUUCAUGCGUAAUUAGCAUCAAGGAGCGCUCAAAAAAUCUGUGAUGCUAGCACCAGCAUCACAGACCUCACGGGUCAUGCAAAAUGUGCAUCAUAAGUCCCGACUCUUCCAGACCUAGACAUUUUUGCAUUUGAUAGGAGCUGCAGGUUCCAGUGUGGCGGACCGUGUGCGAAACGAUUUGAAACUUGCCUCAAACCUGGAGUCACCUUUCAUGUUUCCGAAUAACAAGAAAAAAGUAGAUUCUUCUUGUACAAAAUCUGCUGAUCAUUACGCCCAACCGGUGGAUUCCAUGCACUACCGGAACUUGGAACUCCAGUAUUUCCUAGAUGGAUCCUAUGCGAAGAAAAAAGUGUGUACAGUUAGUACACGACACUCUGAUGCAAGACAAGUAAGACAGACAACGUCUGUCAUGCAGGACAUGCUUGGCAUUGUCAUUUCGUGCGUGUUUCAUUUCCUUACAGGCCGCGCAUUUAUACAAGUUGAAGCUUUUUUGUUUGCUAGGCAGACCAACUUUGUGAAGAUGCUGAAUUCACUAGAACUGUGUAACUGUAAAAAGCACUUGUUUCCUUGGAUAGAUCCAUCCCGAUUGGGAUGCUGUCGAUUUUCAACCAACGCAGGGUUCAGGAGCUUGCUUGUCCGGAAUUGUUCUCGACGGAAUUGUGCCACGAAGUGGAAGACUUGCUGUCCGGAUUCGUCGAAGCCGACGCAGAUUUGGCCGAGACGUUGAGUAGUGGUAGAAGUAGUUCAUCGAGGAGCUCGGCUGGUGGCGUUCGUUCUCCCUCUGGUCGUGCUGGAGCAUCAUCAUCAUCAUCACCGUCGUCAAAGAGUCCUUUAUUUUCACCCGGAAUUUCUACAGGAGUUUCGAGAACUACUACUACCCCGACAGCGGCUGGCUUCCUGCCGAAAGCGUCGACUUCAACAUCUGCAGGAGCCUCCUCAAGAAGUAGUAGACUUCUACAGGGACAGACACAGACAGAGGCAAAGUCUUCCUCUUCGCCUUCGCAAAAGACUAGUAAUGCACGACCUACGAUGCCGCUGUCGCGAACCAUGAUACGGCACCACGCGUCCCGGCUUCAGCGGGCGGAGAAGAGAGAGGAUAGAGAGCGAGCUGAGGACGACUGCACCCUACUGAACAACGCGCUGAACACGCUCUACCCUCUAUCAAAAUGAAAAAUCCCCCCUCCUCAUAUCGAAAGGGAAGUCUGUGAUGCUGUAUUUGCGUACACAAAUCUAAUCAGUCUUGUCUUGGAGUAGAGCACUGCAGGCAGAUACAAAGCCCGGAAAGGAGUGGCUUGAGGUAGGCACUUAGCAUGGCAGCUGUCUGCCCCAUUGGCGCAGCAGCAUUACAAAUCGCCUGCGAAAUGCGGCCGAAGCUCUGGCGUUCCUCUUCUGCAAGGGAGACUCGAUUUGUGGCCACAAAUCAGCAUCACAAAUUUUGAACAGCGCGCUUUUUCGAUAUGGAGAGGGGGGAUGUUUCCUUUUAAUACCCUCGCAAAAACCGCUUCAUCUCCGCCGCGGUGUUGGAAAAGGCACGGGACUAUCAAAUACAAAAAUGUCUGUGUCUGGAAGGUUGGAGCUUGUGAUGCUAACUCUGGACUCUAAAAGAAGCUGUAUUGCAUGAUCAGCAAGAGGAGUCUAGUUUGUGCUACGCGGGGAGGGCAUUUGUCAUGCGGAUUAGGGAUCAGGAAGCCCUCUAAAAAUCUGCGAUGCUAGGUCAUGCAUUACAGACAUCCUGGGUCAUGCAAAAUAUGCAUGACAAACCCGGCAACAUUGCAGACCCAGACACUUUUCCUUUUGAUAGGGAACUCACAGAAGGUUUGUGCAGAGCGAGGAGGCAGGUUGGGUAGAGUGGUUGUUGUAGGGGAGCUGCUGGUCGUGGAAAAGAAGUAGACUCGUGAGGGGUCCUCCCGCACGGAAGCCCUCUGGAAAAAUUGAUUUUGAAGUGUGGUGGUGAAGGUCCACCGGAAUUAUGUUUGUUGCGUAGGUGCACUUCUACUUACAACGGAGGCGGAGCUGCCAUUUUUUCGAGUGGAGGAGGCUCCUUCCUGUAUAUUCGUUGCAAGAAAAUGAAAAAUAAUACGCUGGUGACACGCUUUCAUAGGUUUUAACAUAUUUAUUUCUAUCGGUACGACUAAUGUCUGGCAGGUCUCCUGGAUAUUCACCUCAGUCAGGCUCAGCUUUAGGUCUAUCGGAUUUUUUGUGCAAAUCAAGAAUACUAUAUUGCAACUCAAGAAUACAGUAGUCUUUGACAAGAUUGACCCUUAUGCGACCAUUAAGUCGCGACAUCUGUAUGGUUCUGGUGAUGGUAUCGGGCUCGAGAUGGCAAGGCUCCCGUUGAAUUCCGGGCUGCGUGCAGUUUUCCCUUGUUGGUUGCAACAUCAAAGCGCGGGAAGAAAAAAUGAUCGACCGGUUCUUCGACAC